CCUUAAAACCCUAAGACACUACCACCAUGUGUGACGAGGAAGACGCAGCGGUACUCAUCUGCGACAAUGGCUCCGGUCUUGUCAAGGCUGGCUUCGCCGGUGAUGACGCCCCUCGAGCUGUCUUCCCCUCCAUCGUUGGCCGCGCCCGUCACCAGGGUGUGAUGGUCGGUAUGGGUCAGAAGGACGCCUACAUUGGUGAUGAAGCCCAGAGCAAGAGAGGUAUCCUCACCCUCAAGUACCCCAUCGAGCAUGGUAUCAUCACUAACUGGGACGACAUGGAGAAGGUCUGGUACCACACCUUCUACAACGAGCUCCGCGUUGCCCCUGAGGAGUGCCCCACCAUGCUUACUGAGGCUCCCCUUAACCCCAAAGCCAAUCGUGAGAAGAUGACUCAGAUCAUGUUCGAGUCCUUCAACAUGCCCGCCAUGUACGUUUGCAUCCAGGCUGUCCUGUCCCUCUACGCCUCUGGCCGUACCACUGGUGAGGUUUGCGACUCUGGUGAUGGUGUCUCCCACAUGGUUCCCGUCUAUGAAGGUUUCGCCCUUCCCCAUGCCAUCCUCCGUCUGGACUUGGCUGGUCGUGACAUCACCAACUACCUGAGCAAGAUCAUGACUGAGCGUGGCUACUCCUUCACCACCACCGCUGAACGUGAGAUCGUCCGUGACAUCAAGGAGAAGCUCUGCUACAUUGCUCUGGACUAUGAGAGUGAGAUGAACACUGCUGCUGCUUCCUCUUCAUUGGACAAGUCCUAUGAACUUCCUGACGGUCAGGUCAUCACCAUCGGCAACGAGCGAUUCCGUGCUCCUGAGUCUCUGUUCCAGCCUUCCUUCCUUGGUAUGGAAUCUGCUGGUGUUCACGAGAUCGUCCACAACUCCAUCAUGAGGUGCGACAUUGACAUCAGGAAGGAUCUGUUGGCGAACAUUGUCAUGUCUGGUGGUACCACCAUGUAUGCUGGUAUUGCUGACAGGAUGCAGAAGGAAAUCACUGGUCUCUCUCCAUCCACUAUUAAGGUCAAGAUCAUCGCUCCCCCUGAGAGGAAGUACUCCGUCUGGAUCGGUGGUUCCAUCCUUGGUUCUCUGUCCACCUUCCAGAACUUGUGGAUCACCAAGGAGGAAUACGAUGAAUCUGGCCCUGGCAUCGUUCACCGCAAAUGUUUAUAAAUCUAGAAUAUUAUUCAUACUUUCUUGGUAUGUUUUAGAUAUAUCAAUCAACUGUGGGUGACCAGGUCAUUCACAAUAAGAUAUUUCAAAUGCACACCUCUUGGUGGGAUAUGAAAAUUAUACUAUGAAA